GUUCCCGUACUCUCUCCCUCUCUCAUACAUAUUACGGUCCCUCUCUCUCUCUCGCUCUCUCGCUCUCUCGCAUGGCUACAAUUUUUCGACCUCGCCGGGCGGUGGAGGCCAGAUCGGGAGGGAAAAUCCUACGUGGCAGGCGAGUUGCAGGCGCAGCGUCUCCUUAUGCUCGGCCAAAUUCUCCUUCUCCACCUACAGAAAACCCUAAUUGGCUAACAGGACUCAUUUCUCCUGCCACCCGUAUGAUCGUAAAUGGCGCCGGGAAAUUUAUUUCAGCCGUCUUUGGUUCUAGCAGCUCGUCGUCUUCAUCUUCUGGCAGUGAUUCGGGUUCCGAUGAUGAAAAUGAUGAUUGUUCUACUGAAGGGGCUGAGGAGUUGGAUCAGAAGAAUGAAAAGGCACUUGAAGAGAAUACAUUUGUCGAGAAGGAGCCACAACUUAUAGUAGAGAAAAGUGAAACCAAACUUGCAAUUGAACGAAUGCUUAUGCAGGAGACAUUUUCAAGGGAUGAGUGCGAUAGAUUAACAAAGAUUAUUCAAUCACGAGUUGUAGACUGUCCAACCAUUACAGAACAAGAUGGAAGACAAAAUGAGUUGGCUGACAGAAUAAUUGGAAGUAGUAUUGCUUUGGCAGGUUCUUCAGAACUGCAAUGGCAUACAAAAAAUUCAUCCGCUGCAUAUUCUUUCUUAGCCGAUAACUAUAAUUUGUCUCCUAGGGCUUCUUCACUUGAAGGAAAUGUCACCAGUCUACGCAAUACAGCUGUUAUGGAGGCAAAGAAAUGGCUAGAAGAGAAGAGAUUUGAAUCUAGUGCAAAGACAGUAGUGGACCAUGGAACCUGUACUCUGAAACCUAUUAAACAACUAAAUGUUGCUGAAAGGGAAGUUGAAGUUGGAUCACCUGUGGAUAUGGCAAAGUCGUAUAUGCGUACCAGACCUCCAUGGGCUUCUGCUUCUUUUAGCCAUUUGGGAUCCCAAAGUUCAUCACCAACUGCAGUAUAUAUGCUCAAGGAGGGAACCCCAUUUACAACUGAUGCUAUUUCUUUGUCCUUAUCUAAGAAAAGGAAUUCUCUUGCUACUGGCUCAUGGGAUCUUCUGGAUGAAAUACGAAGAGUGCGUUUUAAGGCAAGACAAAAUAUUUUAGGACCUCUUGAGCCCAAGAAAAUUGAUCUGUCUGCUGAAGCUAUAGAACAUAUUGGUGGCCAAGCUUCAUCUGAAGCUCAUGAAAGCAAUGCAGAAGGGGCUGAUAAAAUCCAGGUCUCAUAUUCUUUGUCAGCCACAAAAUGUGUAGACUCACCUGUUAACUUGCAUGUAGGAUUGGCUAGUAGUGAUGUCUGUCCAGACAAUUUGAAGCAUGGAACAUCAUCAGCUAACUUGGUUUUAGAAACUUUAUGUGAUGGGCCAGUAAAUAAUUCUUUGUCGACUAGUCUGGAUAUCCACAUUUGCAACAAUAAUAAGGAUAUAGAAGAUGCACAGAAUAACAAGGAAGUUCCACAUCCCAUUCUUGUGCAACAUGAUGGUCCACAGGAUUCCUCAGUAGGAGCAUUGAACUCUGUAGUAGAAGUCCAUUCCUCUGCAGAUAUGAAGCCUUCAUUGAAAUGUGAUGACAAUGAAGUUGAUGGCCUUGGUGAAAUUCAUGGAUCUAAUCUAAAGCCAAGUCCUCCAGUGAAAGAAACUGUACAGGCUGAGUGUUCUUCUGAACCACAUCAGUGUUCUGCUCUGAAGGAAAUUCAUCCUACUGUAGAUUCAAGAUCACAGGAUGGAAAUCAUGAAACACAGAAAGAAGCAAAUGGAUUGGGAGACAGGUUUACUGCCAACGGUUCUCCAGCAUCAAGUUGGUCUGUAGGAUUGCAUGCAGAUUACAACUUGAGACCUUCUGAUGAAGGAGGUUCAAACCCAAUUGAUUUAAGUCAUGACAAGUUGGAUAACAUCCCUGUUGAGGAGCCCUGUGAGCUUUUGAGUGAAGCUUCAAUGGAGGUGCCAAUUGCUGAAGAAACCGAUAGCUUUGCUAGUGGGUCUUGGAACAGUUCAACUAGGCAAUAUGACGAGUCAUUACAGAGUCAACCUCAAGUAACUGUAAACCACAAUCCAGAACGGAGAACCAACAGCAAGGUUGAGAGGCAGCAGAGAAAGAGAAUUGGGAGAUACAAUCGGAGAGGCAGGGGAAGGGGGAAAUAAUGCAAAAUCGUCUCUUGUAUGUACCCUAUUGUAUUAUUUAGUGUACACUAGCCUGAUAGAUGCAAGGUUGUAUAAGAAGCAUGCAUUUCUGUAAGUUAUUAGAAUUGAUGUUCAUUGGUUAGAUUGUAGGAACUGUUGUGGUGAGCUCAUUGUUUACAAGGAGUGUUGUACUAAUCAAAUGUUUCAACCACGUGCUACUGGCUCUAGGUCUCCUGAUUUUGAGUUUGUAUCAUACCAUUGCUCUUCAGUCUCCUUAUUUUCCCUA